GAGAGAGAGAGAGAGGUUGACUUUUUUGGGGGAAAAAAAAAGCUGGUGGCGGACCCUAAAAGAAAUAGGAGGAGCUUAGUUAAUACGAGAAAUGUCAAUCAGGCCAUCAACUCCGAAUAAUCUCCACGAAUCUGUUAGGACCUGACCUGGGCAACCCUCAGAUCAAUAGCAAGUUGAGAGAGAGCGAUCGGAUCUGUUACAGUGCGUCUGCAUGUGGAAACGUAUACUUUCGACUGAGUCCCCUUCCAGCACUCAAAGGUGGACGCUCCCCGCACGGCGAUUCCUCCCGCAAAACAAUCACGGACCAUGUCUUUCCCGCAACUGGGAUACCAGUACAUUGCUGCUGCUGCUACUAGGCCACUUUACCCCGAUCGCCAGGCGAUCUCGUCUGCCAGAACUGGAGGCGAUCUCACCGCGUCGGGCGCUGCCUCUACUGUACUGACCAUGUAUGGAUCUCCUUAUGCGGCUCAAGGAUACGGCGCUUUUCUGCCUUACGCUGCCGAUCUCCCCAUGUUUCCACAACUGGGUGCCCAGUACGAACUGAAGGACAGUCCCGGAGUCCAACACCCAGCCUUCGCUCACCAUCACGCCGCCUACUACCCAUACGGUCAGUACCAGUUCGGCGACCCGUCCAGACCGAAGAACGCCACGAGAGAGAGCACCAGCACCUUGAAAGCCUGGCUGAACGAGCACAGGAAGAACCCCUACCCCACCAAGGGCGAGAAGAUCAUGUUGGCCAUCAUCACCAAGAUGACCCUCACCCAAGUCUCCACCUGGUUCGCCAACGCGCGCAGGCGGCUCAAGAAGGAGAACAAGAUGACCUGGACCCCCAGGAACCGGACCGACGAGGAGGGGAACUCGUACUCGAGCGAGCCCGACCUGGAGGGCGAGAAGAAGGACGACGACGAGGAGAUCGACCUGGAGAACAUCGACACCGAGCGCAUCGAGAGCAAAGGCGACGACUACGAGCACGACCCGGACUUGAACCUGGACUGCAAGUUGGACGGCGCCCGGAGCGACUCCGAGAUCUCGGACGCUUUCGAGGACUUGGCCGGUUCCGAAGACGGUUUCGUCAAGUCUGUGGUGAAAGACAGCAGAGAGGCCGGGGGUGGGGGUGGGGGUGGGGGUGGUGGGGGGAGGGAGGAGGAGGAGGAGGAGGAUGAGGAUGAGGGCAAACGGGGCGAAGACAUCUCGGGGCAGUGCAGCUCCGAACAGGGCAGGAGCACCGCCGAGAGGAAAAGCCCGAGUUCGCCGCCGUCCGACUUGUCCUUGAGCCAAAAGCCGAAGAUCUGGUCUUUGGCCGAAACAGCCACCAGUCCGGACAGUCCCCGCAAGUCCCCCCACGUCGGCGGCUCCCCCGUGGGUCCCGGGACCCCCUCUCUGCUGGGACAACACAGACUGUUCGCCUGCCCCAUGGGCAAGUUUCAGAACUGGACGAACCGAACCUUUUCUCACCACCACCACCACCACCACCACCAUCACCCCCACCCUCACCCCCACCCUCACCCCCACCCCCACCCCCACCCCAUGGCUUUGAUCAACUCCAACCAUUUCCUGGGACUCAGCGCUGCCCAGACGGCGCCGGCAGCCGCUCUGCCCGCGUUUUGUACAGUGAGAGGCGAGGAGCAGACGGCGGAGCACACAGUGACAGAUCGGAGCGGUGUCUUGGAAAUAGAGAAAAAAAUAGUAAAGACAGCUUUUCAACCGGUUCAGAGACGACCCCAGAAUCAACUGGAUGCUGCCAUGGUUUUGUCGGCGCUCUCCUCCGCAUAAUCCAUUUUUUUAAAAAAAAAACUAAAAAAAACUUUAUUUUGUAAACCA